AAAAAACAAAACCUUCCGGAUUCUUCUUUUUCGGUACUCCCGUCUGCUUGCGUCUGAUCUAUUUCUUUAUCCUCCCCUGGAAACGCAUCGCACCCUCGACUCCGCCUCGUAUUUUCCUCCUCCUACCUUUUCCCUCUACCAUUCUCUACCCCGCACCAGUUUCGCCGUCGCCGCCCAUUUUAACAGUCUGUCAAAAAUGGUGAGACAUCCUAGGGCACUUCAUAGACGUUCAUCUCGUAGACUCAGGUUGGCCCCAUAUCCAAUUCCCUCAUAUGACUGGAAGGUUUCCGAGAAAGAAGUUGAUUCAAAAAAGACCUCUGUGACCUCAGAGAAGAGGGACUGGGAAGAUGUCACUUGCUCAGUGUGCAUGGAGUAUCCACAUAAUGCUGUUUUACUUCUUUGCUCUUCGCAUGACAAGGGCUGCCGGCCCUACAUGUGUGGGACUAGCUAUCGUCACUCAAAUUGCCUUGAUCAAUUCAAGAAUGCAUAUACAAAAAUGGCAACUAAUCAUGAUCAAGGUGUAGAAAAUGCAGCCCUCAGAUCACACAACUCUCACUUGAUACCAUUACCAUUUGAGAAGUCCAAGAAAAUGGAGCUUGCAUGCCCUUUGUGCCGAGGGCAGGUAAAGGGAUGGACCGUGGUAAAUCCGGCACGAGAGUAUCUCAACCAGAAAAAGAGAAGCUGCGCGCAAGAAGAUUGCUCAUUUGUGGGGACUUACAAGGAGCUCAGCAGGCAUGUUAGAUCUGAACAUCCAUCUUCAAAUCCACAUGAGGUGGAUCCUGUGCUUGAACAGAAGUGGAGGAUGCUUGAGCAUGAAAGGGAGCGACAAGAUGUCAUUAGUACAAUAAGGUCAUCAAUGCCAAGGUCAGUGGUAGUCGGGGAUUAUGUGAUUGAGACGGGCAACAGUGAGACAAAUACGGAUGAUGAGGCUGGUGAUAGGCAUGGAGAUCUUGACUUGGAGAACCGUGGCAUUAGUGGGAGCAUCCUGUACCUUUUUCUGAGAGAAAGUGCACGUCUCAUGAGUCUUUACCAAGACAAUGAGGAGAUAGAGGCGAUAGGGGAUCCUCCAAACAGUGAAGAUGCUGAUGUUGUUAUCCUGGAUGAGGAUAAUUAUGUGACUCCAGUUGUAACUCAAACGAACCGUACAGAUGCACAAAGAGCUGAGAGGAGGCAUAGGCGGAGGCGUAGGAGCCAUGGAAGGUGAAGAAGAGCCCACUUUGUUGGAUUAUACUGCCUCAAGCAGAAACUAAACUAGAGAAUUUCAUUCUCCCGUAGUUUCUCAUCAGCAACUUAGUCUCUAGUUUAUUGAAACUAAAUCAGAGAAUCUCUAUUUCCCUUUCUGAGUGCCGGAAGGUCUGAGUGUUACCGGCAACCAAAAUUGAUGUCACCAUAUGCACUGCGACUCAUUCAUUUUGGAUAACCGACUCUUCUGUGCAUUUGAUGACUUUGCCUCUCCCAUAUGCACUUUGAUGUAUCAUUGUCUACAUUAUUAAAAAUAGAUUCCCCUCCCCCCCUCUUUUUGUAUU